CUUUGCUUUCAACUCUCUCCUUCACUGUCUUGUUUCCAAGGAACAAAAGCUUUCUGUGUUUGUUUUUUUUUUCACUUGUUCUAUACCAAGAACAUGGGACGGUCUCCAUGUUUCGAUAAGGUGGGGCUGAAGAAAGGGCCAUGGACUCCCGAAGAAGAUCAAAAGCUCUUGGCUUUCAUCGAACAACAUGGCCAUGGAAGCUGGCGCGCUUUGCCUGCAAAAGCUGGGCUUCAAAGAUGUGGCAAGAGUUGCAGACUGAGGUGGAUUAACUACUUGAGACCCGAUAUCAAAAGAGGAAUGUUCAGUCUACGAGAAGAACAGACCAUCAUUCAACUCCAUGCCCUUCUCGGAAACAAGUGGUCGGCUAUUGCAACUCAUUUACCAAAAAGAACAGACAAUGAAAUCAAGAACUACUGGAACACACAUCUGAAGAAAAGAUUGAGCAAGAUGGGGAUCGAUCCGGUCACCCACAAGCCUAAAACCGAUCCUCUCGGGUCCACAACCGGUAACGCCAAGGAUGCAGCUAACCUCAGCCAUAUGGCUCAAUGGGAGAGUGCUAGGUUAGAAGCCGAAGCUAGGUUUGUUCGAGAGUCGAAACUCGUUUCGAAUCCUCCCCAAAAUCUACAGAUAGCCGUUGGCUCGUCCUCUUCCUCUUCUUCUUCCACCUCGGUUCCAAGCCUCAUUAACACUGCUUUUUUGGCUCCGCCAAAAACUAGGCCACAAUGCCUUGAAGUGCUCAAAGCUUGGCAAGGCGAAGUCACCGGAUUGUUUACUUUCAAAACCGACAACCUCCAGUCUCCGACAUCAACAUUGAACUCCAUGGAAAGCAUGUUACCUAACGGAUUAAUCAACGACAACUUCGUUACGAACUUUCCGGUUCCUUACAAAGGUGGGGUUGAAUACUGUAGUGGAAGUGAUGGGAAAAAUAAGGAAACAUUAUUAGACACCACCAUGGGAUUGAAUGAAAUGGUUGCAUGGUCUCAUCAAGAUCCUCACAAGAAAGAAAACAUGAAUAUGGAAGGUAAUAAUUAUUCGGAUAUAAUGGUUUGGGAUUCUUGCAAUGAUCAUCAGCAGAAUUCGUCAAUAGCGGCGCCCUGUGAAAACUUGAAGGAAACAAACUAUGAUGGUGAUUAUAGCAGUAGUAGUUUUGAGGAGUACAAGAAUUACUGGAAUAGUAUCCUUAAUUUAGAAAGCUAA